AUGGACAAAUCUGCUGAGAAACAGGAAAACUGUGAAAUGGAUGGUCCUUACCUGCUGUGUCUGCUGCAGACCAUCAGCACCACAGAAUCUGGGCCAGGUUUUCACAUCAGCAAUGAUGUGGAGAUGAGGCUUGUGGAUUUGGGUUCUGUACCCUCCCAGAACAUACAGCAUAGCCAGGUGAGGAACCUGUGUCCAGCCAUGGCCAUGACAGAUGUGAAGGAACAUGUAUGGAUGUGUGACUGCCAGCUGCCCGACACUCAAAGAUAUCCCAAGCUAGAGAUGGCAGUAGAGGAGGACAGGCAGCGGGCGGGGGGCAGGCAGGAAGCAGGGCAGGCAGCAGACAGGUUAGCCAGGGCGGGCAGCGAGGAGCAGGCAGCAGACAGGUUAGCCAGGGCGGGCAGCGAGGAGCAGGCAGCAGACAGGUUAGCCAGGGCGGGCAGCGAGGAGCAGGCAGCAGACAGGUUAGCCAGGGCGGGCAGCGAGGGACAGGCAGCAGACAGGUUAGCCAGGGCGGGCAGCGAGGGACAGGCAGCAGACAGGUUAGCCAGGGCGGGCAGCGAGGAGCAGGCAGUCUCUGCCCGGCGUCGCGGCCGCUGCAACGUCCCCGCCUGGCCGCUGGUGGGGUGCCGCGCGGGCCGGGGAAGGGCCAGGCCAAACCCCGGGGCUGUCAGGGCACGGCGCUAUCCCGGGCACGGCGGCUCCGGCGGCCGCCCGGCUGCGCCAGCCCCGAGCGGUCCCGCCUCUCGCUCCGCUGCCCUCCUCCCCCGCCCCGCGGGUGUCGCGGAGGGGCCGCGGGGCGGGCUCCCGGCCGGGCUCCAGGGAUGGGCCGGCCCCGGCGAACGGCGGGCGGGUGCGGCGCACCUGCUGGGCGGCUCGGCGCGGCGGGGCUCGGCAGCGCUCGGCGGAGCCAUGCCGGCUUCCACCACACCCGGGCUGGACGCUCCGCGCACCUCCGCGCCGGGGCGGGACAGCGGCGGCCCCCGCGGAUACGCAGGGCAGUGCGGCCGCCUGCUCUCGCCGCACCUCGGCUCCCUGCAGGUCCUUCACGGCAACGGCACCGAUGUGGGGACAGUGGUGGCGUUCCAGUGCUCCGCCGAGCACCAGCUGGAGGGACCGGACACCGUCACCUGCGUUUGGAAAGGGAACAGCACGCAGUGGACAGCCGGAGUGCCCUCCUGCAAGCCCAUAUCAAAAUACGAGACUUUUGGCUUUAAGGUCGCAGUGAUUGCCUCCAUUGUGAGCUGUGCUGUCAUUCUGCUGAUGUCCAUGGCUUUCUUAACUUGCUGUCUGAUUAAGUGUGUGAAGAAAAGUGAGAGGAGGAGAACUCAAAGAGAAAUGCAGCUGUGGUACCAGCUGAGGACUGAAGAACUAGAGCACAUGCAAGCUGCUUACUUUGGUUUUAAGGGAAGAAACAAUAACAACAGUAAGAAACUCAGGAAUACAUCUGUAUCUGGUGAUGCGACUGACAUGGCAUAUGAUAACCAAGGCUUCUACAGGUCCCAGGAAGAGCGGACUCGGGAUGUCGUAGUUCCUGGGUGUUGCAAAGACAACAGUCACCUGCUGAAGGUAGCCAAGAGCAGUGGUGCACCUGGGGCACACACGGUACCGAGACACAACGCUGCACUGCAGACGGUGAACUCCAUACAUGUUGUUGAAGUCUACAGUCAUAAGGAUAGUUACAGCAAACCAACCUGCCAGUUACCUGGAUAGCUGGUGUCUGAAAUGCAACUGCUUCUCUGGACCAAAAUGAAAUGUCAAUAGAAAUAUGUGCCUUAAAGACAACAUAGAAAGUUCAUUAUUCAUAUGAACUGUAAGUUUUCUAUAUUCCAAGAUGGUUAUUUAAGAGAAAUGCUUCAAGGUCUGAUACAAAUAAAGAUGUGAAUAUUGGGGCUGUCAAUCCAGAGCUGUUCUCUGCAGUGUGCUGUGCAGUGUGACCAUGAUGAAAGCACAGUGCCCUUCUGCACAACAUAGAGGCAUAUUUGCCUCAUAUGAAGUUGCUGAUAAUAAUUGCACACCUCUCAGAUUUCAGUCUUCUCUGAAUCAGUGGGUUUUGUAAGAAUUUCAGAAAGAAAACUCCCCCAUAUUUUUACAAAGUAGGAUGAUAGAACUACAAAAAAAUUUGGUUUUAAUUAAAUGCCCCAUUGUUUUGUAUCAGAAAGG